GUCUUCAAUCAAUCCACCCAAAAUUCCCCUGGACACAAUUGCGUGUCCCGGAGCAGCUCAUAUUGAUUCGAGUAGACAAAAAGGUGAUGGAGGUGGACAUACCAACCGUAGGCACUCCUACAAAUGGGGGUGCAUCACUCCUUGGAUCUACCACUGGCGGCACCACUGAGCUCCAACAAAUAUUAUCUACAUUCAAGCCCACCAGGUUAUUUCGCCGCAAAGACCUCAGACCGGACAAGCCGCCGCCGCAUGUCCUCUCACUGGACUUUAACGACCCAGGCGACCUCUGCAUGACCUCAGAGAGCGACGAGACAAUCCAGCUAUACAAUGUUCGGGAAGGUCGACAUGACAAAAGCCUCGCCAGUAAGAAAUAUGGCGUGAAGCUGGCCAAAUUCACACAUAGUGGUACGAGUAUAAUAUACGCCAGUACAAAGCAAAACGAUGCCAUCCGAUACCUUGAAACAUUCGAUAAUAGCUUCAUCAGGUACUUUGAGGGUCACAAAGACGCGGUAACCAACCUCGAAAUGCACCCUGGAGGUGACAACUUUAUAUCGGCAAGUCGCGAUAACACCGUGCGACUCUGGGACAUCAGGUCUAAGAACGCUGUUGGCCAGCUGUUCCUCAACACACCCUACCUGCUGGCUUGGGACCCGUCGGGUGAGGUUUUCGCCGUUGGAUCCCCGAGGAGCGGUACCAUCUUGCUCUACGACUACAAAAACUACACCAAAGCCCCAUUUGCAACCUUUGACAUUGUAGAGGCCUGCAAGGAGGUGGACCCAUCGCGCCUCCUACAGGGCUGGACGAAGUUGGAGUUCUCAAACGACGGCAAAUGUAUCCUGCUCGGUACCGACGGCGCCGGGCACCUUCUUCUGGACGCCUUUGACGGCAAGCUCAAGGCAAACCUGCGCAAACCGGACUCGUGCACCUCGCGUGUGGCUCCGGGUGAAGGAAGCGGGCACGGUGAUGUCGAGAGCAGCGGCGACUGUUGCUUUACGCCGGAUGGGCGGUUCGUCAUGGGGGCAAACAGGGGCCAGAACGUAUCGGUAUGGGACGUCAAUGGGGCUGUUGGAGAAAACAAGAGGAUGGAGCCGGCUUUCACGCUCGAGGAUAAGAGAGAGGCCGCGGUGUUGGCGUUCAACCCCCGAUUCAAUUUCUUUGCCACUGCAGACCGGGACUUAAUCUUCUGGAUGCCAGACCCUUAUGUUUAAUCAGGUGGAGGGAGCUGCUCUUAUUUUGUUUUUAUUUCAGCUCUUUGUUUGUUUUCGCCACAUGCACGGUAGAUACCCAGGGAUUCGGCGCUUGAUACAUACUAUGGGAUUGCAUAGAUGUUUGCUCAUAGAGGACUCCUAUGAUAGCUAUGGUUAACAUGAAUGAAGAAAAUUUAUACAAUUUAUAGGAAAACUGCAUCAUAUUAUGAAAAGUCUGUGGGCAAAAGGUAUGACUAUAAGAAGCAGCGGAUAAAUUU